AUGGAUCUCCGUUUCAUUGACCAGCUCAAAGAUCAGCCUUUCUGGCUUCUUCUGCUCUUCACUUUGGGUUCUCUUUCACUUCUGAAAUUCCUUUCCGCUACUCUCAAAUGCGUCUACGUUAGUUUCCUCAGACCUGCCAAGAAUCUCAAGAAAUAUGGGUCAUGGGCUCUCGUUACUGGGCCCACUGACGGUAUUGGCAAGGGAUUCGCUUUCCAAAUGGCUCGAAAGGGUCUCAAUCUAGUCUUGGUGGGCAGGAAUCCUGAUAAACUCAAAGACGUGUCAGGUUCUAUUCAAUCCACAUACAGUAAUGUUCAAAUCAAGAACGUUGUUGUUGAUUUCAGUGGCGAUAUUGACGAGGGUGUUCAAAAGAUCAAGGAGACUAUUGAAGGAUUGGAUGUUGGUGUCUUGAUUAAUAAUGUUGGGGUUUCUUAUCCUUAUGCGAGGUUCUUUCAUGAGGUUGAUGAGGGGUUGUUGAAGAAUUUGAUUAAAGUGAACGUGGAAGGCACUACCAAAGUUACGCAAGCUGUUUAG